CACACGCUCUGAGUCUUUUGUCAAUCCUCAACUAUACUGUUUCUUCUUCGGGGAUUGUGGUUUGUCGCAUGAUAGGGUGUGCUGAAUAACAUGGAAUGACAGGAACAAAGACUUCACGAGACGCACUGCCUACACGAAACCGCCAAAGCGCACCGCACCGCUACGCUGCAGGUUGACGCGCGCCGAGUCGACGACAUGACGGAGGAUCUCUCCUCUCCGGCUUCACAGCAGGAAGAACAUGAAGCGGACCGUCGCGCCCGGGAAUUGUUUCAUUAUUUCCAACCUGACAACCCUGCCUUGCUCCCUGCUCUUUCUCAAACCAGUGCUUCGCAAGUCUCGGACACCUGUGCGGCAACAAGAGCCAGUCCGAAUCUUGUCCUGACUGCCCUAGCCCAGUUGGCUGCCGUGAAAGUAGGCGUCCAGCGUGCUAUUAUCAGUCUGAUCGAUCGCGAGACGCUCUAUGUUGUGGCCGAAGCCUCACGCUCGUUGAACCUCGGGGACAACAGUCUCUAUGAAGCCGAUGGCGAUGGCCUUUGGAUGGGCUGCUCUCGAGGCCCUGUUGCCGGCACUUUGUGUGAGAAAACAAUCACCCUGACGCCGACGACCGCGGAUGAAUAUCCUUUCUUUAUUGUCGACGACCUACAACUACAUCCCAAGUUCUGUCACAUACCCUGUGUGUCUGGAUCGCCUUUUUUCCGCUACUAUGCUGGCACGCCCCUGAUGACCAGUAAUGGAAUCAAUAUUGGCAGUUUAUAUGUUAUUGAUCCGCGGCCCAACCUAUUAUUGACGGCUGCCCACAAGGAAAGCUUAGGGGUGAUAGCGACCGCAGUCAUGGAGUACUUGGAAACGUCAAGACAGUCACUAGAAAGUGCUCGCUUGAUGAAGGUGUUGUCCGGGCUCAACACAUUUGUUCAGGAUCAGGGCAAGGAUGAGUCGCCGACGGUAUCCAUUCCACGAAGCGCCAGCUCGUCCGAAGUUGAGCGGUCGCGCACUCCUAGCCCUCGGCCCGUCUCCUCACCGGACAUCAAUCCGAGCGACUCCCCGCGAACUAUGAAGUCGUGCGCCAGGGCUGCAAGCCCAGUGCUGAAUGAUACUUCAUCCUCGGAUUCAAUGUCACCAGAAUCUCAGAAACAACAGGAUCUACCCCACCGGCCUGUCAUCAAGCCACGAGUCUCGUCAUCCGGCAAAAGACAUGAGACCUUUCAACGCGCCGCAGACAUCAUGCGAGACUGCUUGGCUCUGGGAGAUGAAGGAGGGGUCGCGAUGUUUGCUCUCAAGGACAGGUACAACCUUGACGAGGACGAGGAUUUGCUAGAAGAUGAAAUCGGAGAGUCGCGGUCCGCUACUACCUGGGCUUUUUCGACGCGAGAUGCCAGUGAAUCGGACUCGGGAAACGAGUCCGACAUACUCUCUGCGAGGGUAAUGAGCCGACGGUUUCUCUGGCGGAUGAUGCAGCGUUUCGGUAAAGGAGCUUUGUGGUAUUUCCAUCGUGAUGGUACGGCUUUUUCAUCUGACGACGAGACAAGCUCUCAAACCAGUAGCCUGCCGACCUUUCAAUUGCCCUCAUCGCUUCACCCCUCUGGCAAGGCGCUAAACGGGAGGGAGUUAGAUCUUCUGCAGACGUAUUUCCCAAAAGCCACACGGAUCAUCUUCGCACCAUUGUGGGAUGCAUCUAACUCGCGUUGGUUUGGUGGCUGCUUCUGUUGGAGUUCCGUUGAGACCCGGAUCUUCAGUCCCCACGUAGAACUGGGUGGUGUGCUCGGGUUUUGUUCUUCUUUGAUGACGGAGGAUAGCCGCCUGCGGAGUCAAGAAGCAGACAAGAAGAAGGGGGAUUUUAUUAGCAGUAUCUCACAUGAACUUCGGAGCCCUUUACAUGGUAUUCUAGCUGCCAUCGAGCUUCUCACCGAACAAAGUUUGUCCGGCUCGGCUCGGAUGCUUCUGGACACUAUCCGCGCGUGCAGUCAAACACUUCUGGAUACGUUUGAGCAAAUUCUAGAUUUCAGCAAAAUCAAUUCGUUCCGGCGAAAGGCUCGUAUUGCCGGCUCCUCGCUUCUGCACGAGGAUAGGGGCUCUGUUACUACCUAUUCAGGUCCACGGUCAUUGUAUAUUUUGAAAGUCGUGGACAUUGUGGCAAUUGUCGAGGAUGCAAUUGAGAGUAUCUGCGCCGGGGCUAAUCAUCUCAAGAUCAGUCGUGCGGGUAAUUCGUCGACCUCCAAGCCAGCCUCUCCAUCGGAGGAUGGAAACAGUGGCAACUCUGAGCAGGUCGAUAUCACUCUCGACGUCGGCAUGCAUGACUGGGUCUUUGUUCUGGAGCCAGGUGCGCUACGGCGCAUCGUUAUGAAUGUUUUUGGCAAUGCCCUUAAGUACACUCGAAGUGGAUCCAUAGCUGUGCGCAUGGAGAUUCAAAAGGACAUUAAAAGCACGUCUCGUGAGGGCUGCGAUAAUCUGCUUUUGACUGUUUCUGACACCGGUCGGGGCAUAUCCAACGAGUAUCUCCGCUAUCAUCUUUUCACACCUUUCAUGCAAGAGGAUCCUUUGACUCCCGGCACAGGGCUUGGCUUGUCUCUCGUCAACAGGAUCGUUCGCUCUCUAAGAGGCAGCAUCAAGAUCAGGAGUCAAGUAGGAACGGGCACGGUGGUCAAAAUUUCGAUCCCUCUUACGCGGCCAGAGAGACGGGACACCUUGGAGAAUGCGACUGUGCUCGACUAUCCACUUGUUAUCAGCUCUGAAGGUCUCAUUGAUGAUGUGAAACAAGAAUUUACGGGGAAGACAGUGUGCUUUGUUCAGCCUGGUGAAACCGCCUCCGCCAUUUCUGUGGUGAGGUAUCUCACGCAAUGGUAUGGCAUAACCCUUCAACCAUGGUCACCUGAUGUUCCCGCCGACAUUGUGAUCGUCGACGAAGCGGAGUUACCUCGGAUGCAGGGUUUGAGUGAACGAUCCACAUUGCUCGUUUUGCACCGUGAUCGGCGGCCUGUGCAUUUGGAGCCUUUCUCACCGAAGGAGAUCAGCGUGCGGGUUGAAUGGUUGAGCCUUCCGUGCGGUCCUUACCGAUUGGCUAGAACGCUUCAGAGAUGUUUGCAAGCACCGACUCAUCCUCAGGGAUCCGAGGAUGGCUCGUCGCCAACGGCCUUCGUGAACGGUGUGCAGAGCGGGAUGGAGACCACUCCUCAUCGCGAUGGCGAUUUAGCUCUUCCUCUUCGUCCAAUUCCAUCUUCCGUUCCAGCAGAUGUUACUGAUUCGGCUGUGUCAUCACCGACGCUCGGUCUCGGAGCUGGAUCUAGCAUAUCGCCAAAUCAACCUGACUUACACAUACAGCAAAACGGAACUGCUUGCAGUCAGCCAAUUCCCGGCGCAGCCGAAGAAGUACCACGGGUGCUUCUAGUCGAAGAUAAUCCGGUCAACAUGUCACUACUGAACCGAAUCGUUAGCCGGCGACAACCCAUUAUCGUGCAUGAGGCUAUAAACGGCAAAGAGGCCGUCGAAGCAGUCGAGUCCAUGCCUGAGGGUUACCAUUAUAUUUUCAUGGACAUAUCUAUGCCUAUCAUGAAUGGGUUUGAGGCUACUAGAGCGAUUCGCACGAUUGAAAAGCAACGCAAACCUGCAUUUCCCGCCAAGAUCAUUGCACUCACUGGUCUGGGAUCAAACGAGGAUGUCGCAGAGGCCUAUGCGGCCGGCGUUGAUGUCUUUGUCACAAAGCCGGUGUCUCUGAAGAAGGUGACGCAGUUGAUGGAUCAGGCGAAGGGAUGAGCGGAAUGGUCCUUUCGGCUUUGGACCGUCGAAUUCCUGUCUUGAAGGCAUUUUUGAAAAACCUAACCCUGACUCAGUUGUGCUACCAUCAC